AGGAUUGCUUUAACGGCCCUGACGUCUUGUGAUCCAAGCUGAUCUCAUCAGAAACUCUUACUAAGGUUCCUUGGAAAAGAACGUGAGGAGCAGUUUCGGUGACUUCAUCCCAGUGUCUCUGAGCACCCCGACACACAGUGUGGAAGCAUCUGUAGCUCCUUUGCUGGCAUGGCAGACAGUGUGAUGAGAAGCCAGGAAGUCUUCCCCACAGAGGACGAGGAGGAGGUGACCCCCACCCCAGCUCAGCUUCCAAAGGUGAGAAAGACCCCACAGGACGUUCAGUAUUGCAGCCAUGGUGCCCACGACAAGACACUGCUGAGCCAGGCCCGCAGGAACCUGUGGCGAGCCCGAGAGAUGCCAUGGAAGACAGAGGCCUCCUGGCAGAUGUGGGCUGCUGACAGAGAGGAGGAGGAAGGUGAGGAGGAGGGCCUGCUGAGGAAGAAGAAACGGAGGAGGCAGAAGAGCAAAAAAUAUCCAGCUGGGGAGUUCCUGAUGGAACAAGAGAAGCAGCGGCGGAAAGGGAGAGCAGAUUUAAACACCCGGAAGCAGAAGGCUUCCUCCCAGAGUGUGGAGCACCACCUCUGGAGCAGGAAGCUACUCUUGCCCGGCAAAGCCCAGGGGAUUUUGGAUUCACCAAAUGGCUUCCACCCCAAUAAUCUGGAGGAGCCAGCCUGCUUUGAAAAUCCUGAAAAGCCAUCAGGAAAACGAAAGUGCAAGACCAAGCACAUGACAGAACCGUGUACACCCUGUAAGUCCCAAAGUGCCGGCCCAGAAGAGGCUUCGGAGUCACCUACAGCCCGGCAGAUGCCCCCAGGUGCUCUGCGGCUCAUAGUGAACAAAAAUGCCGGUGAGACCCUCUUGCAGCGGGCCGCAUGCCUGGGCUGUAAGGACAUCGUUCUGUACUGCCUCCAGAAGGCUCGCGAGGAUGUGAAUCACCGCGAUAACGCUGGCUACACAGCCCUGCAUGAGGCCUGCUCUCAGGGCUGGACUGACAUCCUGCACAUCCUCCUGGAGCAUGGGGCCAACGUGAACUGCAGUGCGGAGGAUGGAACAAGGCCAGUUCAUGAUGCAGUGGUCAGUGGUAACCUGGAGACCAUUUGGCUCUUGCUGUCCUAUGGGGCCGAUCCCACCUUGGCCACCUACUCGGGGCAGACAGCCGUGAAGCUGGCCAGCAGCGACACCAUGAAGCGCUUUCUCAGUGAUCACCUCGCAGAUCUUGAGGGCCGAGCAGAGGGUGAUCCAGGUGUAUGCUGGGACUUCUACAGCAGUUCUGUGUUGGAGCAAAAGGAGGGCUUUGCCUGUGACCUCCUGCACAAUCCUCCUGGGAGUGCUGAUCAAGGAGAUGAUGUGGAAGAGGAUGAUUUCAUGUUUGAACUCUCAAACAAGCCUCUUCUCCCUUGCUACAACCUCCAGGUGUCUGUGUCCCGCGGGCCCUGCAACUGGGUCCUCUUCAAUGAUGUCCUCAAACGGCUGAAGCUCUCUUCUAGGAUCUUUCAGGCCUGGUUUCCACACCUAGAAAUCACCACCCUGCCCACGGCUGAGUUCUGCCAGCAGGUGGCCUCCAGUCAGCUGCUGACCCCUGCUGAGAGGCCUGGUGGCCUGGAGGACAGGCCUUCCCCAGGCUCCUCUGAGACUGUGGAGCUGGUUGCUUACGAGCCUGAGCUCCUUCGGCUCCUAGGGUCUGAGGUGGAAUUCCAGUCAUGGAACAGCUGACCAGGACGACAGCCCCUCCCUGUGUUUUCUCCUUCCGAGUUCACCCUCUCUCACCUCCCAUGUCGCACCAGACUAUAGUUGUCUUGUUUCGGAUCUUUUAUGAUUUUUUUUUUUUUUUUGGUUGAAUUGUGU